AUGUCACUGCUCAGCACAAAAGCUCAUAGUAAUUGGGAAAAAUGCCAGAUUCUGAAAAAUAAACAGGCCUAUCUAAGAGCAAUAGAUAUCAAGAUCCUCCAUCAACUGGUAGCUGUAAAUGAUGGAAUAGAAACUGUCAAGUGGUUUCUUGAGGAAAAAGGGAUGCUGACCAGCCACUGUAGCAGCCUUACCAGCAGUCAAUACAGCUUGGUAGAAAGUCAAGAUACGUCCCGACGAGGCAGCUGGAAUAGUCUUCAGGAUCCCAAUGACAAACUGGAUAGUAUAUCUAUUGGCAGCUAUUUGGACACACUAGCUGAUGAUAUGGAUGAAUAUGGACAAAGUUCUUCUGUGGAACCCAUAAUGUCACCUACCUUAGGUAGACCUCUAGGCAGAAGUGAAUUAGAAAGAUCGAAGGCAGAUCUAGAGAGAAUUUUUCUUGCAAAGAUGGACAAAGAGCAAGACAAAAGCAAAACGUAUCCUGAAUGGGCCUCUAGUUUAGUUAAGAGCCAAAGUUUUAACAAGCCCAGUGCACCGGUCCAGCUGUCACCACCAAUGGCUAAUGGAAUCUUGGGUAGACAAGUUCCUAAGCUAGUGCCGAGCCUUGAGGAGAAAUUUACCUCAGCAGCUGCUGAGCAACCAAACAAAGAGAGUGUAGCAGUAAAGGCUUCCAGGAAGAGCAAAAUGGAUCCAGAAAAUUGCAAGCUCGAUAACAGGAAGCACCUGGAAUAUGAUGGCCAAUGGCAGUGGGCUGAGUCUCAAGAAGAUGUGACAUUUUUGUAGCAUCCAUGACUGGCUGCCUGGAUUAACAUAAAGAGAUUCCAGACUUUAUGCACUAGUCUUUUUGCACCUUGGACUGCAAGAUGUGCUUUCUUUGUCUAAAUGUCUUUUGGUUUGAUCAGAACUGUUGAGACAUAUUGGCUGAUGAACAGAACAUAAGUAUAUUAGCCAGAUGGCAUUCGUCUUCUAAGAUCUUAAACCUUUCCCAAGAAUAAGGGCAUAUAAAAAUACUGUACACCUUUAUUUUAAAGCCUUUGGCUUACCAAUGCUGCACUUGUGUGCCACAGUUCUAGUUUCUAUUUGAGUGGAAGUGGGCGUAGGCUCAUAACCUGGACUUUCAGGUUUUUGGCAAAGCUGUUCACUUGAGUAGCACUCAAUCCUAUUGCAUGUAACCCAUACUCCCCUAGGAAUAACUGAUUUUUUAAUGAAAGAAGCCAGAGACAAAUCUUUGAUACUACAAUUCUUUUAAUCAAUGUUAUUAUUGUUAUUAUUAUUAAUGUCAUAGGAAAUACUGCUUCUUCAUUUGCUUGAUAUUUGAAUUAUCACUUAGGUUUAAGAAAGGAAUGUAGAAUUCUGCAGAGAAACCCACACAUUCAUUUAUUACACUCAACAGACUGAAUAUGUCCUUCAUUCUGGUAACCAUGAGAACCAGCCUUCCACCUGAACCUAAAGCUGAGCAAAAUAGUGGGGGGGGGGGGUCUGUUGGUUUAACGAGUCUUGAAAAUCCUUGAAGGGCCGAGGCUUAAGCAUUGUGCUGCACUUUUAAAUGACUGCAAGUAACACAAAAGUGCAGCAAAUAUAUAGGGAUAAGGGAUAACCUCUCACACACUUUUAUGUUAGGCUUGGAAAAUAACUGAGAUUUUUGUGUUAUACUUCGGAGGCAAAUUAAGUCCCUUGGGUAAGCCUUUGCCUCUUGGGCUGGAAGUGGGGAUGGAAAGAGGAAUCGUUGCAUUCGACUGCAAAAGUGCCCUGACUGGUUGUUUCCUAUAACCAUAAUAUUGGCAAACCAACAUUCAUGGGGCCCAAGCCAAAACAGCUGUAUGUGCAUUCAAAUUUUGAGUUUCAAUGUCAUAGUUUUAAAUGGCAGCUCUACACUGGCUUUAAAAAAUAUAAAUUUAUAAUAAACUGAGAUAUGAUAAUCUCAUUUUGCCCAAUAUAUCUCUCCCCAGUUUAAAGUCAUAUCUCCUGAAAAAGAAUUGCUGGGUGAAAUUUCUUUAUUGGAAGCCGAUAUUAUUUUGCUGUGUUUCUCAGAAAAGUAAGACUUUCCGCCCCAUGGAAAAAAUAUAGAAGGAGUAGGAAAACAUGGAAGGUUUAUGCAUAACUUUCCUUUCUUAAUAAAUUCCAGUGAAUUUGUUGUGAUUUCAUAAUAAAAUACUCAACAAUUCUAAUUUUGAUGGAGAUAAUAUUGCUUGUGUGUGAUGGAUUAACAAGAUUAUACAGACCAUGUUUCAUCUCCUUUCUUAUGUG